CCUCCCUCCCUCCGGCCCCGCCGCUCCGCUCAGCUCGGCACGGGGCGCGCAGCCGGACGGGCACCACCGAUCCGGCCCGACAGCAGCGCCGGGUCAGCCUGCAGACAUCCCCCAGCACAGCGGUGAGCACCCACCGGGCACCCCCCGAGCAUCCCGGGCAGCACCCCAAGAGCAUCCCCGGCAGCAUCCCCCGAGCACAGCCCGGAGCAGCCCCCGAGUGCCGCGGUGAGCAAGCGGGACGCGCCCCAAGCACCCCCGGACAUCCCGGCGGCAUCCCGGGGAGCAUCUCCCGAGCAGCCCCGAGCACCCUCCCGAAGCCUACCGGAGCAUCUUACCUACCUGGGCACCUCCAGCAUGAACUGGGGUACAUGAGCCCCACGUGCAGCCCCAGCCAUGGAGAAGACCUACUCGCUGACGGCCCACUAUGACGAGUUCCAGGAGGUGAAGUACGUGAGCCGCUACCAGAGCGGCACGCUGCCCAAUGGCUUUGCUCUCCAGUUGGGUGCUGGGACCAAGAAGCGCGGUGGCGGUGGGGGGCUGCCGCGCUGGAGCCGCCGGGAGAUCUGCCUGCUCUCGGGGCUGGUGUUUGCCGCCGGGCUCUGUAUCAUCUUGACAUGCAUGUUAGUGCUCAAGUACCUGGCGGCCGAAGGGGACAGCUACUGCCUGGAGGGUUGCCAGGAGAAGAAGGCUUUCCUACGGGCGUCCCGCUUCCUUAGUGCCAACAUGGAUGCCACCAUCGACCCCUGCCAGGAUUUCUAUUCCUUCGCCUGCGGCGGGUGGCUGCGCCGGCACGGCAUCCCCGAGGACAAGCUGGUGUACGGCACCAUUGGGGCCAUCGCUGAGCAGAACGAGGCCAAACUGCGGGCGCUGCUGAGCCGCCCUGUGCGCCGCCGUGCCCCUACAUCAGCUGAGAGGAAGGUGAAGGAGUUCUUCCGCUCAUGCCUCAACCGGGCUGAGAUCGACCGCUUGGGGCCGCGGCCCAUGUUAGAGGUGAUUGGGGAGUGUGGUGGCUGGGAUGCGUCGCCGGGCAGUGGAGACCUCAAUGAGCUGCUCUACAAGACUCAAGGGGUCUACAGCGCCGCCGUGCUCUUCUCACUCACCGUCAGCCUGGACGACAGGAACACCUCCCGCUACGUCAUCCGGAUUGACCAGGAUGGGCUGACGCUGCCUGAGCGCACCCUGUACCUGGGCCAGGAUGAGGAGAGUGAGAAGAUCCUGGCUGCCUACCGUGUCUUCAUGGAGAGGCUGCUCACGCUCCUGGGGGCUGAGCACGUGGAGCAAAAGGCGCAGGAAAUCCUCCAGCUGGAGCAGCACCUUGCCAACAUCACAGUGUCCGAGUACGACGAUGUGCGGAGGGACGUCAGCAGCAUGUACCACAAAGUCACCCUGGGCGAGUUGCAGCGCAUCACCCCCACGCUCAAGUGGAAGCGCUUGCUGGACCGCAUCUUCCACGACAACUUCUCGGAGGAUGAGGAGGUGGUGCUGCUGGCCACCGACUACAUGCACAAGGUGUCUGACCUCAUCCGCGUGACGCCCAGCAGGAUCCUUCACAACUACAUGCUGUGGCGCAUCGUGGUGGUGCUGAGCGAGCACCUCUCCACCCCAUUCCGCGAUGCCAUCCAUGAGCUCUCCAAAGAGAUGGAGGGCAAUGAAAAGCAGCUGGAGCUGGGCAAGGUUUGCCUGAGCCAGGCCAACAAGCACUUUGGCAUGGCCCUGGGUGCUCUCUUCGUUGAGGAGUACUUCUCCUCUGCCAGCAAGGCCAAGGUGCAGCAGCUGGUGGAGGACAUCAAGUACAUCCUGGACCAGCGCCUAGAUGAGCUGGAUUGGAUGGAUGAGGAGACACGGAGAGCUGCCAGGGCCAAGCUCCAGUACAUGAUGGUGAUGAUUGGGUACCCCGACUUCUUACUGAAGCCAGAGGCCAUCGACAAGGAGUAUGAGUUUGAGGUGGAUGAGAAGACCUACUUCAAGAACAUCCUCAACAGUAUCGCCUUCAGCAUCAGGCUCUCAGUGAAGAAGAUCCGGCAGGAGGUGGACAAGUCUGCGUGGCUCCUGCCCCCCCAGGCCCUCAAUGCCUACUACCUGCCCAACAAGAACCAGAUGGUGUUCCCUGCUGGCAUCCUGCAACCGACCCUCUAUGAUCCUGAGUUCCCGCAGUCGCUGAACUACGGUGGGAUUGGCACUAUCAUCGGGCACGAGCUGACCCAUGGCUAUGAUGAUUGGGGAGGACAGUAUGACCGGCAUGGGAACCUGGUGCAUUGGUGGACGGAAACAUCCUACAGCAAGUUCCUAAAGAAGGCACAGUGCAUUGUCAACCUCUACGAUAACUUCACUGUCUACAACCAGCGGGUGAAUGGCAAACACACGCUGGGGGAGAAUAUUGCUGACAUGGGGGGGCUCAAGCUUGCCUACUACGCUUAUCAGAAGUGGGUGCGGGAGCAUGGCCCUGAGCAUCCCCUGCACCACCUGAAGUACACCCAUGACCAGCUCUUCUUCAUCGCCUUUGCCCAGAACUGGUGCAUCAAGCGACGAUCCCAGUCCAUCUACCUGCAGGUGCUGACGGACAAGCAUGCCCCAGAGCACUACAGGGUCCUGGGCAGUGUCUCGCAGUUCGAGGAAUUUGGACGGGUUUUCCACUGCCCCAAGAACUCGCCCAUGAACCCCGUGCACAAGUGCUCGGUGUGGUGAGGCCGCUGUCCUCACAGGCUGGCACCCCAGUACCCAUCCCUGCACCAGUGCCCGUCUCUGCCCACUCCCCUCCUGUCCUACAGGCAAAGGGUGCGUCCCAAAAUAGGCAACCACGUGGGUUGGGGGGUGGCAAGGAGGAGGGGAUACUUUGGGGUUAUGAGCUCCCUCCCAAUGGGACCCUCUUUUCCAUGCUACCCCAAACUUCCCCACAUCCAGCUGCUCAGGGCAGGGAGGGGAUGCAGAGGCACUGUGUGUACCAAAAGCACUAAUCCCUGUGCCAGCCCCAUCCUGUCCCCAUUAGUCACUGGGGUCUGAGGUGAUGCCAGCCUGCCUGGGAGUGCACACAGAUAUGUGCUGUAUUUUUGCUGCUCUUUCUGGUCAAUAAAGCACUGGAUAUGCCAGA